UUAAAUUAAUACUCGAGUAUAUUAAAAAUGUAAUGCAAAAUUUUAACUUGAAUCGUUCUUGAAUCGUUUCUAACAUAAAUAUAAAAUGUUUUCUGUGGAACAAUUCACAGUAAUGAUCUAAUCUCGAAAUACGAUACGAUACAAAACAGCACACAGAAAUAGAAUCUUCGUCGAGAUUUCAUACAACCGAGGAAUAAAAGAUCGACUUGACAUCUGUUGCUUUCAUUUAUGUCAAGCCUCGGAUCAGAAUGAUGCUAUUUGUACACAUAAUUGUAUGCAUUGUGUUAAUUUUUUGCGUAUCAGUAAAGGCGGAUUAUACCGUGAUAGUGAGAACGGAAGAAGAAAAUUUUGUGUCAAUUUUAACAAAAACGCCCAAAUAUGUUCCAACUUGGCCCAGUUUAGACAGUCGGCCGUUACCAGUUUGGUAUGAUGUUGCAAAAUUUGGAAUCUUUAUUCACUGGGGUGUAUUCAGUGUGCCUAGUUUUGGCUCUGAAUGGUUUUGGAACAAUUGGAAAAAGGAAACUGAAACUACGAAAUAUUCCGACUUUAUGAAACAAAGAUAUCCUCCGAAUUUUACUUAUCAAGACUUUGCACGUGAUUUUACUGUCGAGUUCUUCAAUGCUUCUGAAUGGGCUGAGUUAUUCAAGGCAUCAGGUGCAAAGUAUGUUGUACUGACAAGCAAACAUCAUGAAGGAUAUACAUUGUGGCCAUCGAAGUAUUCAUUCAGCUGGAAUUCUAUGGAUGUUGGACCUCAAAAGGAUCUUGUUGGUGAACUAGCAGAAGCUAUUCGUAGCAAGACAGAUUUAAAGUUUGGCUUAUAUCAUUCUAUGUAUGAAUGGUAUAAUCCCCUUUAUGUAACAGACAAACAAAACAAUUUUACAACAGAUAGAUUCGUGAUUCAUAAAAUAAUACCAGAAUUGUAUGAGUUGAUAGAAACAUACAAGCCAGAAGUAGUUUGGUCAGAUGGAGAUUGGGAAGCAUCGGAUUCUUAUUGGAAAUCGAAGGAAUUUCUAGCAUGGUUAUAUAAUAAAAGUCCUGUAAAAGAUACGGUUGUGGUGAAUGAUAGAUGGGGUAGUAAUAUACCGUGCCAUCAUGGUGAUUUCUUUACAUGUACAGAUCGUUUUAAUCCUGGCGUACUUCUCCCACACAAGUGGGAAAACUGCAUGACUAUUGAUAAAAAAUCC